GAAACAACGCGCUCGGUUGUGUCUCGCCGCCUUAUUCAGGUUAUACAAAUACAUGUACGUAGAGCAAUUCGCGAAUACGAGUAUGCACUUCGUUGCCAGCGCAAAGUACCUUAUCCGUGACGUAGUUGUGUGAUCUUUGACACGAAAUUUACAGUAAGAACGUCGGAUUUUGAUUACAAUUGAACAGUAUUAUUCACGCAAGCAAACUGUAAAGAACUCUCUCAAGGUAUUUGCCGCUCGGAGAUUGUAACCGUGGGCAACCCAUCAACAAGAACAUCGAGAAACCAAAGCAAAGCAAAAUAUUGUUUACAAUUUGUUCAAUGAAAUUUGCAAUUUAUUGCAAGAAUUUUGUGUUAUUUAAAUUUGUGUCGGUCUAACUGCUAAAACGUGUUCGCCAGUCUAUUUUUAAACAUAUUCGAAGCGAAAAUAUAAAAUGUCUGGUUUAAAAUUCCUGGUGGUGGUUCCAACAAACCCUGAGGCCGAUGCAGACAGGAUGACGAAAUUUCUGAUACAUGGAAGCUUGCUUCAGGAGCCCCAGCAAUUCUCCAUUAAUUUUGUGAACAGUCCCAGUUGCACGGACAAUAUAACAUAUCAUUUCAAAGUCAAGAUUCCCGAGCAAAUGAUUGUCGAGAAUUACAAGAGCGACGGCGAGUGGAGCGCAUCGCAUCAAGAGAAAUAUUUGAAUAUAUUCGAUGGUAAUACCGAUAAAAAAAUAUCAGAUACCCCUAGUAUUAAAAACGGUAUUGAUGCCGUACUUAACUAUUCGUCCACAGAAACGGCGUUUUCACUUAUGUUUCAAUUAGACCGCGCUAAUUCAACCAUUGACGUAUAUCAAGUGCGGGGAAAUGGUCACAACUUUGUUACCAAAUAUGAGACCCUGUUUUCCCUUUCAGAGAUUCAGUCGAUUCAAGUAUGGGGUGAUGUCAAGAAAAUUAACCAGUUCUCCCUGAGUUACGAUUGAUUGGAUAUACAAAAAUCAGUUUUAAGAUUGUUUUGCAUACGUUUUCCCGAGAAACGUGCUUAAAUUGCAUCGCUGCUAUACUAAGUAUACAUGUUAAUGCAUUCGAUAUAAUUCUAGGAAAAGAAAAUAAUAAAAGGAUAGCAACAAACUGUUUUUCUUCUCGACCACUUUAUAGUUGCCUCACGAAACUUUGGAUAAACAUUGGGGCCUGCCUGCCAUCUGUUGUACAUCGUAACAAACUGAGCACUCGAAACAAAUAAAUGUACAAUUCUAUAAAUUA